AUGCCUGGUAUAGUAGAGCUACCAGCCGAGGCGGUGGGCGCUUCGUCGCCCGAAGAGUUCACGCACGCCAUUACGGCUCUGCUGCAGGUGACACGAGGCCUAAACGACGACGUGCUGAAGCAAGUCGCUCAAUCGGUGAACUCAACCACCAAACCAUUCAUCCCUUUCACCCUCACCACUAUCAUCGACACGCUCCGUCCCAUGAACCCCUCGGAGGCAGACGCUCUGGCACUUGCAUUAGAGAAAACCAUCGACUCACCCUCCCAUGGCGGCCUAGGCAUCACGCAAAGCACAACCCCGGACAGCACGCACUACGAGGACGUCCUCUUCCUGCUAUCCGCACACCUUACGGCCCUGAACAACGCACAGCUCUCAUUCAACGCCACCAUUACCCACCCACUCCCCACCACACAGCCCAUGAACCUCACGCAAAAGAUCUUCGCUUUACACUCCCUCUCCCCCCUCCCCCUCUCGGGCCUACACACCGGCGCCGUCGUACGCGCGGGCCUCGACUGGGUCCUGGCGUCAGAACUCAGCUGGUCCGCCAUGGCACGCACGCACACCGAGCUCGGCAGCCCAGGGAUCUGGCGCAACGACCGCUUCUGGCUAGCAGGGGACCACGUGGUGCAUCCCUUAGCACGGGGCAAUGCACGCGUCGAAGCCAUGGUGUCGACAGCCGAAAAGGCCAAGCGGCAGUUCCGCAUGACCGACUACCAGGGCAUGAACUACACGAUCAUGCACACGGAGUUCGUGCGCGAGCGCGCCGAGCCGGGCAUGCUGUGCGUGGGGAGCGAUAGCCACACGUGCAGUGGGGGCGCGAUGGGGUGUUUGAGCAUCGGGCUGGGGGCGGCGGAUGUCAUGAUGGCGUUGGCGUUGGGGCAGACGUGGUUCAAGAUCCCGGAGGUGGUGAGAAUUGAGUUCGUGGGAAGGCCAGGGAGGGGCGUCAGUGGCAAGGAUGUCAUAUUGCAUAUCUUGAGGCAGUUGAAGAGGAACACGGUGGCAAGCGAGAGGAUUGUGGAGUUUGUGGGUGAAGGGUGCCGGUAUCUGAGCGUGGAUGCAAGGUUCGCCAUCUGCAACAUGUGCACGGAGUUUGGGGCUGUGACCGGCCUGUUCGUGCCAGAUGAGGUUACGAAGCGAUAUGUGGCGAAGCGGCGGCGGAAGGCCAACAGGAAGAACAGCGUGUAUAUGAAGCCGGAUGAGGGCGCCGAGUAUUCUGGCGAGUACACGAUCGACUUGGGCAAGGUCGAACACACCAUUGCCGUCUACCCCGAGCCGGAUCACGUCGUGCCCGUCAGCGAGAAGGCCGGUAUGAAGAUCGACGGCGUCUUCAUCGGCGCCUGCACCACGACCGAAGAAGAAAUCGUGCUCGCUGCACUAGUGCUCAAAGUCGGAUUGAAGAAAGGCCUGCCCCUGGCUAAAGGCAAGCGCCACUACGUUCCAGGCUCCCUACCCAUCGUCGACAAGCUCUCACAACUCAACCUGCUGCAGGUCUACGAGCAAGCAGGCUUCACGCGCGGCCCACCGGGCUGCUCGUACUGCGUCGGCCUCUCUGCCGAAAAAGCAUCCGAAGGCGAAACCUGGCUGAGCUCUCAGAACCGCAAUUUCAAAAACCGCAUGGGCCCCGGCGCGUUCGGCAACCUAUCCAGCGCCGUUGUCUGCGCGGCCUCGUCCUUCUCGCUCACUAUCGCAGACCCAGCGCCCUUCCUGGCCGAGCUGGACUUCGACUGGUUCGACAACAUAUACCGCCAGGCCGCGAGCCCGCCGCCAUCUCCAUCGCCGAGCCCGCAGCAGCAGCAGCAACUCACCUACAUGGAGCCCGACUUACAUGCGCCCACCGCCCGCGCCGCGAGCACGGGAACGCAACUCAGCAAGCCCAGCACGGUGCCGGAGCCGAUGGGCACGAUGCGGUCGACGAUCAUCACGCUGGGCGACAUGAUCGACACGGACGCGCUGGCGCCGGGCCACACGCUGGUCAACUGCGAGACGGACGCCGAGUUCGGAGCGCACUGCCUCGAGCACACGCACCCGGAGUUUCGCGGCACGGUGCGGUCGUACGCGGGCUCGACGGCCGUGGUGGUGGCGGGGUGGGCGUUUGGGGUGGGCUCUUCGCGGGAGAACGCCGUCAGUGCGCUGAAGGGGUGUGGUGUCGUCUGUGUCAUCAGUCGCAGUUUUGCGUUUAUUUUGGGGCGGAAUUUGCCGAGUUUGGGGCUGUUGGGGUUCACGAUGGAGGAUGAGGGGUUCUUUGCGGCGGCGCAGGAUGGGAGGGCGAUAGAGGUAGAUGUGCCGAGGAGGAUGGUGAGGGUUGAGAUCGAGGAAGGGGAGUGGCGGGAAUGGGGGUUUGUGUUGAGUGAGAUGGAGUAUCAAUUGACAUUGAAUGAAGGGGUCACGAAGAGCUUUCAGAGGUAUGGGAAGGGGGUCUGGGAGGGGUUGAUGAAGGCUGAUGGUGGUGGGGAGGAGCAGACGUUGGAUGAGGCGGCGAUGUUGAAGGAGGCGACGGGGGAUGGGCCGAAGGGGAAGCUGGAGUGGUAG